AUGGAGGCUGCAGCGAGAACCCUUGCACAAGCGCACCACGCUGCCCAACCACAGCAGCAAGCCGCCGCAACAGCGGCCCCCACCCAGGCAGCGCCAGCCCAUGCGCCUGCUGCGAUCAGCAUUGCCCCCACUUUUAUAGCACCGGCGGGAGGAUUGGAGGGUUACGACAUGUCGUCUCUUGAUCAGUUGCAGGCUCAUGCAUUGCAGCUAUCGGCAUCAGCUGGACUGACCAAUCUCCUUCUACCGGCAGCUGCGGGCCAGCAUGCACAACAGGCAGCUGCAGCGCAACAAGCCCAGGGAACCGCACAAGCGGCCAAGGCCCAUCAGUCCUUCAUCUUUCUUCAGCCAGCAGGCGCCACUCAUGGCCUUCCCGCUCUGGCUGCCUUGGGAGCUGCACCGACACAUGCAGGACAAGCUCCGGCUCCAGGUUCUGCACAACAGACGCAGAGCUACAUCAUCGCAGGCCCCAAUGGAGCUCCAACAUCCAUUACGGCACCGGCAGGCCUUGGCCACCAGAUCUUUGCAGCAGCUACAGCUGGGGGUCCCGCUACCCUGGCCAUUGCCCCCAAUGGUACCUUGCAAUCACAGCACCAGUCAUAUUCAAGCGCGGGGAUUCCAAUACCCAUGCCCAUGCUGAUUCCGCAACCACAACAGCAGCAGCAGCAAGCAACCCAAAUAGCAUUGCAACAACAACCACAGUUUGCUCCUUUGCAACCAGCGCCUCCUCCCACUGCCGCUGCCCCAGACGAUGCAACUGGGGCUGCGGCUGCCGCAUUGGCGGGGACCAAACGGAUGCAUGAUUCCUCUGUGGUGUCACAGUCCACAGCCUCUCUGGAGUCGAAUCCUGGGAGUACACUUCAUAGUAGUGCAAGCAACGGCAGCUUGAUUGGUGGCAGCACCAACGGCAAUUCAAGCAGCAUGAAUAUGAAUAUGAACGAUUUCCCAGAAUUUCAGCUUCGAAACAAGGACGGAUCCAUUAUUACGGAAAAGGACCUCGAGAAAAUGUCACCCGCAGAACGAAGGCGCUACGAGCGGAACCUGAGAGAGCAGCAACGAUCUUUUCGGAUCAGUCAGCAAAUCCAGCAACUACGAGACGUUCUGUCAGAGUCCAAGGUCCCCUUCAAGCCAAACAAGUACUCUAUCCUCGUCAGCGUCGCUGACUACAUCAAGCAGUUGCAGACCAGGGCAAUCAUGCUGGAUUCCGAACACAAGAAACUAUUCAAGACCAUCCAAGAAACAAACGAGAUGGUGGCGUCAGGGCAAAUACCGGAUGCCAGCCCGGCACCAGCCGAUGGGGCGAUCAACGGCGAGAAGGAGGGCACUGGUGCACAGGCGACGAACGAACAAGGCGAACUGCUGUUUGUUCAAGGCUUGGACUACCAGGCGGUUUUUGAACAAACCCCGACCGCAAAUGGAGUUGCAUCCAUCGACGGCCGGAUUCUGACCUGCAACAAGGAACUUGAGAGCAUCCUGGAAACCACGCGCGAGCAUAUAGAACGCCAGUCUCUCUUCACAUUGGUUCAGAACCAUCAAGAGAUCUUUGAGGCCAUGGCAGAGUUACUCAAACGAGCCGAUGCCUUGAGCAACGGGUCCCUGAAGGCAGAUCCCGUCCAACUUCUAUAUUGGAGUGGUCGCGUGGUAACUCCGACCGAAAAGAAGCUCGGUAUGCACAUCACUCUGGCUUGUACCAAAGAUGGCAGUCCCAAGUUUUUUUCUUUCUGCAUGUCUCCUGCGUAG